GACGUUCCCGGAAAAAUCGCUAACCGGAAAGGAAGGCCGGAGCCUCAGAAGAAGAAGACAGCCGCCGCCGAUGAGACCAGCGAAAGAAGAAAAAGUACUCUCCCACUGGUGAGGUCUCCUCUUCCUUUGGCACAUCUACCUGCCUGAUCCAAACUUGCCCCCUGUCUAGCUCAGCCUCACCCAUUCCCUGCACCAAGCCCCAGCCUAAAGUCAACCAGACAUCCUCCCUCUUCUUCCAGCUUCUUCUUUCUACAGAUUUUCAACACAGCACGAUGGCAGGGCGAGGCGGACCAGCACGAACCAACGGCACUGCAGCAAGCAACAAGAUUUGCCAGUUUAAACUCGUGCUGUUGGGGGAAUCAGCGGUGGGGAAGUCCAGCUUGGUGCUGCGCUUUGUCAAAGGCCAGUUCCACGAGUACCAGGAGAGCACCAUUGGAGCUGCCUUUCUCACACAGACGGUUUGUUUGGACGAUACAACAGUCAAGUUUGAGAUCUGGGACACUGCAGGACAGGAACGGUAUCACAGCUUGGCGCCCAUGUACUACAGGGGAGCCCAGGCCGCCAUCGUGGUCUACGAUAUCACCAACACAGAUACAUUCACACGUGCAAAGAACUGGGUGAAGGAGCUCCAGCGACAAGCCAGCCCAAAUAUUGUUAUUGCACUGGCAGGAAACAAAGCAGACCUGGCCAACAAGAGAGCCAUAGAUUUCCAGGAAGCACAAGCAUAUGCAGAUGACAACAGUUUGCUCUUCAUGGAGACUUCAGCCAAGACUGCUAUGAAUGUCAAUGAGAUUUUUAUGGCUAUAGCCAAGAAGCUUCCUAAGAACGAGCCUCAGGGCGGAGCGGGCCCAGGUGGGCGAGCCAGAGGCGGCGUGGACCUACAGGAAGCUGCACCACAGGGCAGAAGCGGCCAGUGCUGUGGGGGCGGGAACUAACUAACACGACGAGUCAGCUGAUCCAACCAAUCUACAGCUUCGAUCAACCAGACCAGAUAUUAGCCAGCUGUCAAACAAUGCCCCAUUGGUCAAACCAAACCACGGUCGGACCAACCACCCUAUGAGCAACAACAGCACCAAUUAACUGUUUGGCAAACGAGUCCACUGGCCAGUAAACUGCCAGACCCCCUCUGACGGUUGAACCAACCAACAGACCAAGAAAUCCACCCACAGGCUUAUUUACAGAAUCAUGUUUUAACCCCUGGACUUGCCAAUCCAUGACCUCUCUAAUGAUGAUGGACACUUGACAUCACUUUAGAGGGGAAAAAAAAAAGGUCCCAUUCGUGGAAGAAGGAAAAAAAAAAUCGGUCAUUACCAAUGGCACUUUAUAGGGCCAUCUUGCUCACCUUUUUGUUUCUGUGUUUGUGUAGAGAGAAAAAAAAAUGAAAGCAACAGGAAGGAAUAAAAAGAGGCUUGUUGGCCCUGUCCUUUCUCUUCUGCCCCCUGCUUUCUCAUGCACCUUACAAUUCAUAAGUAUGUCCAUCGUGGUCUUAUGAGGCUGUUUAAACUCCAGGUGCAUGCAGCAGUCCUUCACUUUUCUGUCUUGUUCCUGGUGAGCUUCCUGGAAAAGAUGAAAAGAGAGAAGGUUCCUAACAGGAGAACGGGAAUGGACAGAUAUUUCCUUCUUAAUAGAGCUGUGUAGAUUGAAUUAUUACAUUGUUAUUGUUAUCACUAUUAUUAUUACUUCUUUUGACACAGGCUGUUCUGUAUGAUUUUAAAGCCUUCAAGGUUUUACAAUCAUCCAUCUAUGUUAUAAAACCAUAUACAGUGAAUAGUACUUUAACAUUGUCACCCAUAAGUAAUUUUAGCAUUAAUGUAAUGUUUUGGAAUCAUCAGUGUACAAUGAUAAAAACAUAAAGCAAGAUUUCUUGACCAAAAUCACAACUGUGUAUUGACAACAUUGCUGUAUUUGUAUCAGACUUUUCAAGUUUAUAAUCAAUCAGUAGUUAUUGUCGAAACAAUAUCUUCCCAAUCUCUACAGGAUGUUUUGUCAACCUUAAUUAUUUUGUGAUGAAUUUUUUUUUUUUUUUUAUGUCUUAAUCUUUUUUUUUUCUCUGAAGAUCUAUGGUAUUAAAUGCACUGGUUCUGUCUCAUCAUCUUUGUGAAUUGAGAUGUUAUCAUCAGCUUCCUUUCUUUUUUCUUUUCUCUCUCUUUGUUUUUACUCUUCAUAUCAGGGAGGGAUUGCUUUCAACUGUGUUGUCAUCCUGUUAUGGCAUCAACAACUAGCACAACAGUACCUGCACAGCAGCCGCUGCUGUUAGGUGGGUGGGGGU